AUGUUUAACAGUGCAUACGCUUUCUACAGAGGGACCAUGAUGCCUGAUUCAGAACCCUUUCUAACCCCACAGGCUCCUGCAGGAGUCCAAUGCCACAAAAUCGACUUCGCAGCGACUGACCCACCUCUGCACAAGUACAAGGACUUUUUCGCAGCCAUGAUAGACAAUAUUUUCACACCAACAGAAUGUGAAGAUUUGAUCCGCCAAGCAGAAACUUCCACUCUCACCCCUACAUCCCCAACACCAACCUGGGAAAGGGCCAUGAUCAACAUUGGAAAUGGAAAGCAGGCUCUAGCGACCGACACGCGAAACUGCGGGCGAAUUAUGUACGAUUCGCCUGGUUUGGCCAAGAAAUUACUUGAUCGGCUAAUGCCCUCUCUCCGAGAAUUUGGCCUCGACCGCAUUGACAACCAGCUUCGGGUGACGGGCCUGGCAGGUCGAAACAAGAUCUACCAUCUCACACGGCUGAAUGAACGGCUCCGUUUUCUCAAAUACGAAGGUGGGGAAUACUUCCGACCACACUGGGAUGCCAUUUACACAGCUCCUGACAAGCAGGAGAAAUCCUUCUAUACCAUCCAUUUGUAUCUCAACGGCGACGGGGAGCAAGAUGUCGACGAGUUGAAGCGCCAGCAGAAGCGGGUCGAGGAUGGUGGACAGGUCAAUUUGGACAAGUGUGGCGAGCUUCUUGGGGGCGCCACAUCAUUUAUCCCUCGGUAUGAAGAGCCAGAGACACAGGUGCGAGUAUUCCCCAAAGCUGGCUCAGUAUUGGUUUUCCAGCAAAAUGAUCUACUUCAUGGCGGAGACCCCGUCUUCCGCGGGACAAAAUAUACAAUGCGGACGGACAUGAUGUAUCGAGCGCAGUGA